AUGCCAAGGACCAGCUCCUUGCUCGGCAUCAGGUUCCUCCUGAACACGACAUCCGCAGCCAAGACCACACAGCACUUGGCUGCUGAAAGCGCCCAGAACUCCCCGUCAAGCGACGUAAUCGAUCACAUAUCCCAGGUGGCUUUCGAAAUCAUUUCUCAUCCCUCGAUUCUUAUCACUGCUCGGGUCUUGGAAGCUUACGUCGUCAUACAAGCACGACUUGGCAGAGUAGAGACCCUCCCGUACGUUCUCAGCUUGUACGCCACCAAACCCAGGCCCAACGGCAAGUCUGGCUCUGUCGAGUACGUGCAGCAGGCCCCAGAUAAAGCGGCAAAUGCUGUCGAUCCUACUAUCGUCGAGAAGGCGCUGGACGCAGCGAUCGAAGCCAAGAACCUGGACGCGGCCAUCGGCGUCAUUGAGAACACGUACGCCACCAAGGCAUUCAUCAGACAGAAAGUUUUGAGGAGAGGUCUCCUCCCUGUCUCGGCCGCUGCCACUGCUCCGUUGGCGGUGUAUCUUGUGGCCUCAAACCUCGCUCACCUGCAGACUUCUUUUGACCAGGGGACGGCGACCGCUGUGGCGACUGCUGGCAUACUGGCGUACGUUGGCUUCACGGGGUCCAUGGGCCUCCUGGCUAUUCUCACACAGAACGACCACAUGAAGCGUGUGACAUGGGCUCCAGGAAUUACAUUGAGGGAACGCUGGCUGCAUGAGGAAGAGCGCGCGGCACUCGACAAAGUUGCGUGCUCCUUUGGCUUCUCUCAGAUGCAACGGUUCGGCGAGGAGGAGGGGGCCGAAUUCCAGGCCCUGCGCCAGUUUGUCCUGAGGAAAGGGAUGGUCCUGGACCGCGUCGAAUUGAUGGAAGGAAUGAGUUGA